AGGGGCGACGGCGAGGAACGGGGGUCCAGGCUGGCUGGCCGGCUGAGCCGUCCGACCGAGAGACACAGGAGCCGCAGGAGUCGAGAAAGUGGGCGGCGAUUCGAGAGCAGGAGCAGCAGCAGAAGAAGAAGAUGAUGAAGGACGAAGGAAGGCCUUGAUUGUCUCUCGAGGCAGUCGUCGUCGUCGCACACAUACAUCCGGAGCAUGGCGAGGAGGCCCCGUGCCAGGUCCAUGUUUGAUUAGUGCGCGUGCACGCGGGAAAGAGGGAGCCCAGGGUUGGGUCGGCCUUCAUGAGAUGGGCCGAUCGAUCAGAUCAUCUGAGCCGAGCUGAGCUGAGCUGAAGGGGGAGCUGAGGGCAGCUGACAGUGGAACGGGGAGGCGGAGUGUAGAGAGAGUGUAGAGGGUAGAAGACACGGACGGACAGACCGGCUGACAGACAGACAGACAGACGACGGACGAACGGAGGGACGGGCGGGCAGAGGAGGGUCUGAGAGACGGUAGGUCUUUCUGAGGGAACAUGGGCACGCCCGGAGGUGCGGGUUCGGGGGAAGGGAGAGGGGGAGGAGGAGGAGGCUGUUGACUUGACUGACUGGAGCUCGGAGGAACGGGGAAGACUAAAAGAGGAGGAGACGACUCGAGCCGAUUCGCAAGGGGAUAGAAGGGAAGAAGUCCGCAGAUAGGUAGGGAGGGAGGACGGGACGGAAGGGAAGGGAAUGGUCCCCUUGGACGAUUGCGAGCAUUUGCCGACGAUAGGUGAUCUGGACAUUUGAUUUCGGGAGGAUCUGAGGUUUUGGUUUGAGAGAGAGAGAGAGAGAGAGAGCCUGGAGGGUGGAGACUGAGGAGCAGGAGGAAGAUGAGAUCCAACAUGACUGGGGGACGUUUGAGGGAAGAGGACUACCAGAUUGGAACAGAAAAUGCGCGAGGGGAUUAUUCGAGAACUAGAAGUGGAGCUGCCGCGGUUGCAGGAUGCGCCCUCGAUGAUGUCGUUGUAGGUUGUGAAUAUCCCGUGAUUUCUUGGGGAUCAGUAUCAUCUUCUUCUUCAUCUUCUUUUUCCUCUUCUGCUUCUUCUUCACUUGAGCUGGCACGCUGGUGAUAGUUCAGUUAGAUCAGGGUAUCGAGAGCAGCAGAGCAGAGCAGCAGAGUAGCAGAGCUGGUUGGACCUCGCUCUGGGAAGUAGGAAAUCGGAUCGACGUGCUGUCUUACGAGUACAUACACUUUGAUGAAUGCCACACCAAUUCAUGGCCCGUCUUAGGGGCCAUGAACUGAACGGAGUGCCACCCAGAACUGCCGACAAUUCCAAUUUAACGAAGAUUGCUGUCGAUUUGCACCUGCUGCGCGGGCGCCGCUCUGCGACGAGGCUUGCGCCACCGCACGAGGGCCUCUAUCGCUCCCCGGCAACCUGAUUCUGGUGGCCGGCGUCCUCGUGAUUUAAAAUGUCUCACAUGGAGGGGCGAGUCGAGGAGCUCCUGACGUUCCCCAUACAGCUGUGCGACCAGGUGAGGAUGGCGCUGAAUGACCCCGAUUCUUUCAAGCAGGAAUGUCAAGAACUCAUGAAGAAGGUGGAGAGGCUGUUCACGUUUCUGAGACGGGCGCACAAUGUUGGGCCGGGCAACCUCUACGGGCGCCCGACGAGGAAGAUUAUGGGCGACGUGGAGAAGACGCUGGAGAAGGCGCUGGCGCUGGCGAAGAAGUGCAAGCGGAGCGGAAUGCUGAAGAGGGUCAUCACCAUAACGUCGGCCGCAGAUUUCAAGAGGGUGAACUUGCUGCUGGACAACGCAAUUGAGGACGUGACCUGGCUGCUCAAUGUGUCGGCCGUGGGCGACGAUCGACCGGACUCCGUCGGGCUGCCGCCCAUCGCAAUUACCGACCCCGUGCUGGCCAUGAUCUGGGAGCAAAUUGCCGUGGUGCAGGUGGGGAGCUUGGACGCGAGGUGCGACAGCGCCUCGAUUCUGGCGAGCUAUGCGAAAGAGAGCGAUAGGAAUUGUAAGCUGAUAAUUGAGGAGGGCGGGCUGCCGCCGCUGCUGCGGCUGCUCAAGGAGGGCACGGUGGCAGGGCAAGAGGCGGCGGCCGAGGCUCUGGGCGUGCUGGCUCGAGACGCCGAGCGAGUGAAGCAGAUCCUGGACGAGAGGGCGGUCGAGGUGUUCAUCCAGGUGCUGACGAAUGGGUCGAUGAAGGUGCAGGUGAAGGUGGCGUGGGCGCUGGCGCAGAUGGUGUCGCGCAACGCCGAUGCGCAGGACGAGUUCGCGCAGGCCGGCGCAAUCCGGCUGCUCGUCUCGCUGCUGGCCUACGACACGCUCGAGGACACGAGCAAGGUGCAGAAAGCCGUGAGCAUCCACACCAUCGUCAAGCAUCAGCUGGACAAGACGAAGACCGACAUCGGCACCUCGUUGCCCAAGCCUGUGGACCAGGACGCCGAGGAUGCCUCGUCCGACACCGAGAAGCGCCCCGUGGGCUCCAAGCCCGCAGAGCCUCCGCGCAGCCCCGACCCCAAGGAGCUGACGCUGAAGAAGCCAUACCAGCAGGAUCCGAGCCGGCUGGGCCCGACGAAGCCCGUGUCCGGCUACUCGAAGCCGUCGGGCCACGGCCCCACUCGCAACUCCAGCUUCGAGCCCGUGCGCACCAGCCCCGAUCCCCACUCGCGCCACGCUGCGCCCCACGGCCUCUCGCGGCAUCGCCAGGAGCGCGACCGCGAGGAUCCUCAGACCAAGCAGAUGCUGAAAGCUGAAGCCGCCCACGCUCUGUGGAAGCUCGCCCUGGGCAACGUCAAAAACAGCAAGAGCAUCACCGACACCCGAGCCCUGCUCUGCUUCGCGAAGCUGAUCGAGUCCGGCGAGGGAGCUGUGCAGAUGAAUUCUGUAAAUGCCGUCAUGGAGAUCGCCCAAGCAGCUGGCGAGGAUGCCGAGCUGAGACGAGCUGCUUUCAAAACCAACUCCCCUGCCGCCAAGGCCAUAGUCGAGCAGCUGUUGAAAGUGAUCGAGCACGGAGAGCCUGAAUUGCAAUGGCCUUGCAUACGGGCCAUCGGCUGCCUUGCUCGGAUUUUCCCAGCCCCUGCUCUGCACGUGAUCAUCCCCUUGACUGCCCAGCUAGCGAGCAAGGAUGGAACAGUCGCUGAAGAAGCUGCGGUCGCCUUGCAAAAGUUUGCAUACAAAGACAACUACUUGUACAUGGAGCACUCGAGAACCAUUCUGGAGAACUCUGGCGCAGGGCACUUAGUGCAGCUCAUCUAUUUUGAAAAGCAGGCGCAAAUGCAAGCCUUGAUUCUGCUGUCGUAUCUUGCUUUGAAUGUAGGAGAUAGUGCUGAUUUGGAGAAGGCCGCAUCACUCGCGGCGCUAGAAGCUGCAACGAGAUGGACAAAUCUUCCGGACGGUGUUAGAGGGCUGCUUUGUGAUGCAAUCGAACAUUUAGAACUCUACCAAGGAGGUCCUCGAGCUCCUUCAGAGGCAGGCAACUUCUUAGUUUAAUGACGUGUUAAGUGUUCCGAGCUAGCCACGCUUUUUGUUCUCACCAUUGAUUUGUCGAGUGGAGUCAAGCACUACAAAUGUGGAAUAUUUAACUAACGAGUAUGAUCCUAUGAAAACUUGUGCUAGUAAAACACCUUGUAAAGAUUCAUUUAUUCAAUGUGGACUUCUAUGAAUGUAAUAAAUCCGUUUGGUUUUC